AUGGCCGGUGUCCUGCUGCAAGAAGCCGAGGCGGCCAAGACAAGAGGCAACGCUCAAUUUGCGAAGGGCAAUUUCACGGCUGCAAUCGAAGAGUAUGCAGAAGCUUUAUCAGCUGCUUCUGCCCAUGUCGACGUUCAACAGAAGCUCGCGGGCCCGCUAUAUCUCAACAGGUGUCUUUGCUUUCUCAAGCUCGAACAGCCCGCAAGAGCCGAGUCCGAUGCUGACGCCGCAAUCAAGCUGCUGGGGACGGAUGCCUCGAGCGUGUCGUCGCGCGGCAAAGCAUUCUACAGAAGAGGUCUGGCAAGGAUAGGUCAAGGAAAGGGGCGGCUUGCAGAGCAAGACCUUGAAGAGGCGCUAGGACUGACUCCUUCGUCCGAAGAGAUCAAGAAGGCGCUGAAGAGAGCUCAGGCAUGUAGCGUCAAUGAGGACGAAGCGACAUCCAAAGUCGCACCUGUGAAUGAUCGUGUAACUGAGAGUCAACGGUCUGACACGAGCCUCCGCGCUGGUGGACUCGACUCUACAUCAGCAGGCCCAAGCUCCAGCGUCGAUGCUGCUCGAGCUUUUCUCCAACGAGUCAAUGAUCCGGCUCACGCUGAGAGCUCACAGGGGCCGAGCAGAACGCAUGAUCCCGUUCCAGAGAAGUUUCCUGGCGAAUCUGGAGGAUUCUUGCGCGAGAGAAGUACCAGGCUUAUCACUCAUGAGAAUUUUAGCGCUUCGACGUCGUAUCGCCCUAGUGAUACGCAGCUCAGUCCAGCCAAGAGCGAUCACCAAGCUGCGACGGCGGAGGCGCGAAACGGCUCACCAGUAUCCCGCACCGCUGCUUCACUCUCAUUUGGCACCCGCGCCUCUCCCUCUGCACCAAUUAAAUUCUCAAGCGAGCGAAAAGGAGGUUCGCUGAGUGCUUUUGAAUUUGACAAGAGGUGGAGAGAGAUCUGGGCUGCUGGGCAAGGGUCUUGUGGGCAAGAGCACGACUUGAAUAGAGCUUUCGCGCUAUGGGGAUUCCUCGGGAAGCUCGACUUUUCGAAGAUACCCAACAUCCUGGGCUCACUGCUAGAGCCGGAGCUCCUAGUGCAACUUCUUCAAGGCUUCUCGCACGUGCUUCGAAUUUCAACGCAGGCAAGUCUUGGAGCAGACAUACAGCUCCGAGACGUCGAGACGCAAUUCCUUGUUGCAUUGUCUGCGCUACCAAAAUGCCAACGCUUCGAGACCAGCUUGAUGUUUCUUGAUGAGCAAGAACGCAGCUCUAUGCGAGAUCUCGUCAGGCCCUAUGCCAAUAAGCUCGACGACACGAUCAAGAAGAGCUGGGCGGGUCUCUAA